CGAUGGCCGACCUCAUCCCGGGGCUCCCUGAGGACAUGGCCAGGGAGUGCCUGCUGCGCGUGGGGUUCCAGCACCUCCCCACGGCGCGCCGCGUCUCGCGCGGCUGGAAGGCGGAGCUCGAGUCGCCGUCCCACCACCGCUCCCGCCGUCGCCACGCGCUCCUCGCGCUCGCGCAGGCGCGGCCGCCGCUCGCCGGCUCCGGCCCGGCUCGCAAGUACGCCGCAUCCGGCGCCGGAUACUCCUUCCGCCUCGUGCUCCACGACCCGGCCGCCGCCGCCGGCGACGGCGGCUCGUGGGCGCCGCUGCCCGCGCCCGCGCACGCUCCCCUCGCCCGCCUCCCGCUCUUCUGCCAGCUCGCCGCGGUCGGCGAGGGCGGCCCGGCGGCGAAGCUGCUGGUGCUGGGCGGGUGGGACCCCGAGACGUGGGCGCCGACGGCGUCGGUGCACGUGUACGACUUCCUGUCCGGCGCGUGGCGGCGCGGCGCGGACAUGCCGCCGCCGCGCCGGUCCUUCUUCGCGUGCGCGGCCGUCGGCGGCAAGGUGUUCGUCGCGGGGGGCCACGACGAGGAGAAGAACGCGCUGCGGUCGGCGGCCGCGUACGACGUCGAGGCCGACGCGUGGACGCCGCUCCCGGACAUGGCAAGGGAGCGGGACGAGCCCAGGGGCGUCUGCGUCGGCGGGAGGUUCGUGGUCGUCGGCGGGUACCCGACGGUGGCGCAGGGCCGGUUCGCCGGCUCUGUGGAGGCGUUCGACCCGGCCACGUCGUCGUGGGGCCCCGUGCAGGAACGGGUGAUCGAGGAUGGCGCGUGCCCGAGGACGUGCUGGGCCGCGCCGGACGCCGCCGCCGCGGGGAGCAGGAUGUACAUGUACAUGCUCCGCGACGGAUGCGUCGUGGCGCGGGACGCCGAGGGCGGCGGCAGGUGGCGAACGCUGGCAUGCCUGCCGGAGGACGCGCGCGGCGCGACGACGGUCGCAGCCAUCGGGGACGGCCGCGUCGUCGUCCUUGGCGCCGAGCAGACGGUGUACGUGUUGAGCCACAACCAGGCGACGCCGUCGUGGACGCGGGUCGCCGCGCCGCUGGAGUUCGCCGGACAUGUGCAGGCAGCAUGCUGUGUACAGAUAUAGUGAUGUAUAGUACUCUGUACCAGUACUCCAUUUGGCUACAAAGUUGUCAGUGGAUGGAUAAUCUUCCCUAAAGAGAAAAAGAGCAUGGAUAAUCUCGAUACUGCA